AUGAAAGGUUUCGAGGAACGGCAAUUUGGAGCAGUAUGGAAAGGUCUCGAAAGAGUGCUGACAUACUGUGAGCGGCUUUUUAAAGCAUUCAGGGACUGGAGUCUCAAGCAUAUACUCUCUCUUAAUGUUUAUGGAGAAUACCGUUUCGCUCUUGCGCCAAAUGAGCAAAAAGUUUGGAAGAAUUUCCUGAAUGAGUCUGUAUUCAAAGUUGCAAAAUUCUAUUUACGAGAGUAUUGGUUUGUGAUCCCACUUUUUGGAUCGUUUUAUCCCUUGAAGAAGUGGGCGGAAAAAAAGAAUGAAAGCAUCUAUCGGAAGAAACCAGAGAAAUUCAUUAAUGAUGAAUAA